AUGGUUCGUGGCCUUCGGCUCGGGCGGUCUGACCCAGAGACUGAAAAGGCCACUACAGAUCUCGAAAGUAAUCAAGAAACUCUAGAGAACAGUCCAGAGAACAGCACAGCGGUCUCGAAUGCUGUCCCCGAUGGAGGUCUACGUGCCUGGGUUCAGGUUCUCUUGAUGCACAUUGUUUUCAUGAAUACCUGGGGAGUCGCAAAUGGUUACGGGGUCUUCCAGGAGUACUAUACACAACAUCUACCCGAGUCACAAUCGACCAUUUCUUGGAUCGGGAGUGUUCAAGUCUGCCUGCUCUUCCUAGUCGGCGUUGUCGCUGGCCGUAUCACGGAUGCUGGCUAUUUCCGGAUAGUCUUCACCGUCGGUGUCUUAUUACAACUGCUUGGCAUCUUUCUUGCCUCCCUCACCUCCAAAUACUGGCAGAUAUUCCUCUCUCAAGCUCUUUGCGUAGGUCUGGGAAACGGGUUUGCCUUUGUACCUUCUUUGACCGUCAUGGCGUCGUAUUUCAAGCAGAACCGGGCCUUCGCUGUUGGUUUAGCUGCGGCGGGCGGUGGCACCGGGGGUCUGAUAUACCCCACGCUCAUUAAUCAGCUGGUCAAUAACGAUAGUAUCGGCGGAUAUCCAUGGACAAUGCGCAUCAUGGGGUUCCUGAUGUUGGCAACAUACAUUCCAUGCGUCAUAUGGUUUGCGCCGAGAUUACCAGCUCGACGAGGAGGGCAAUUCAUCGACACUGCUGCUUUCAAGGAGGUGCCGUUCAUCUUGUUUGCGCUGAGCCAAUUCACUUCGUUCUGGGGUCUGUAUUUCGCCUUCUUCUUCAUGGGAACAUUCGCCCGUGAUAUCAUCGGCAUCGCCCAGCCAAUAAACCUAGUCAUGGUGCUGAAUGGCUGCGGCAUUGUCGGCCGUAUUCUCCCCAACUUCCUAGCCGACAGGUGGACCGGCCCUCUUAACAUGCUAAUCCCUCUCAAUCUGGGAGCAGCCAUCCUGAUUUACUGCUGGUCUGCCAUCCGCACCGAGAGCGGCCUGUAUGUCUUUGCUAUCCUCUACGGCAUCCUGGCGGCCGCCUUGCAAGCAUUAUAUCCCGCCUUGGCGACGACUAUGACGCCCGACCCCGACAAAACCGGGACCAGGGUCGGGAUGAUAUUCAGCUUUGUCAGUAUUUCCACCUUGACGGGACCCUUUAUCAGUGGACAGCUCAUCACGAGAAAUGAUGGGAACUAUCUCUAUGCCCAACUCUUUGCCGGUUCCUCUGUGCUGGUGGCUACGCUCCUUGCCCUGGCUCUAAGAACUUGCCGCGCGGGGUUGAAAUUAAAUGUAAAAGUAUGA